AGAGUGGCCCGGGGUGCCCGGGCGCUGCCCUCUGUCGGCCGCGGCGACCGCCUGGCCGGGACCGAGCGCUGCUGGGGAGAGCGGGAGGCGCGGCCGGGCUCCCGGCGCCGGCCCGCCCGGACCCGACGCCUGCCUGCGGGGCCAUGAGGCGGCCGCGCAGCGCGGCGCGGGCCCGCGGGGCUGCAGCAUGAGCCCCUGCCUGGGGCUCCGCAAGGCCUGCUUCCUGCUGUCCGUUAGCGCUGCCGCCCUGCUCCUGCUCCUGUUGCCGCGGGGGCAGCCCCCCGGCGCGCCCCGCCGCCGCCCUCCGCCCGCCGCCGGGUCGAGCAGGCCCCCGCCGCAGCGGCCGGUCUCCGGGAGCAGCGCUGUGUCCGGCACGCGGACGAGCUCUCGCGGGGAGCCGGGGCACGGGGUUGGAGGCCUCGCCGGCAGCUCGCAGCUCGUGCGGAAGAGCCGCCCUGGGACCGCCGGGGGCUCGGGCAGAGAAAGCCUGGAGCUAAAGGACAUCUUCAUUGCCGUGAAGACCACGAGGAAGUACCACAAGAGUCGGCUGGACUUGCUGCUUCAGACCUGGAUCUCCCAGGCCAGGGGACAGACAUUUAUAUUCACAGACUGGGAGGAUCGGGAGCUACGUCUGAAAGCAGGGGAUCAUAUGAUCAACACCAACUGUUCCGCUGUCCACACCCGGCAAGCUCUCUGCUGCAAGAUGUCUGUGGAAUAUGAUAAGUUCCUGGAAUCUGGGCAAAAAUGGUUUUGCCAUGUAGAUGAUGACAACUACGUGAACCCUCGGACUCUCCUGCGUCUCUUAUCUGCCUUCUCACACAGCCAGGAUGUCUACGUGGGACGACCGAGCCUGGACCAUCCCAUUGAAGCAGCUGAUCAUGUCCAAAGUGAUGGAUCAAAGACAACCGUGAAAUUCUGGUUUGCCACAGGUGGAGCAGGAUUCUGUAUCAGCAGAGGUCUUGCCCUGAAGAUGAGUCCCUGGGCCAGCUUGGGUAAUUUCAUCAGUACUGCAGAAAGAGUGCGUCUUCCUGACGACUGCACUAUUGGCUACAUCAUUGAAGGGCUGCUGGAGGUAAAGCUGCUGCAUAGCCCAUUGUUCCAUUCCCAUCUGGAAAAUCUGCAAAGACUACAAGGCGAGUCUGUGCUGCAGCAGGUAACCCUAAGUUACGGAGACCCUGAGAACAAACACAAUGUUGUGAGUGUGGGAGGAGUGUUUGGCCUUCAGCAAGAUCCAACACGAUUCAAAUCUGUCCAUUGUCUGCUCUAUCCUGACACUAUUUGGUGCCCUGCUAAGAAGAUGUCGUAAUUCUUGUCCAGUCAUUGACACCUGUAUCUUACCUAGUUUGCAUAAGAUGGGAGUUGUGGUGGACUUUUUGUGGUGGUUUUUCUUCUUCUGGAAGACAACCAGAGGUAUCUACAAAGGAGGUAGACAGACUGUUUACAAAAGCAGCUGUUCAGCUGCAGCCUGGGACAUUCCAAGAAGAAUCCUUGUUCUUUUGUGUAGCGGCUCUUUGCAUAAUGACUACAGUCAUAUGUGUUUGAGUCACUUCACACUUUCAUCUGAUGCCAUGUGAAUCUGUGCUUGGACACACGCUAGGCAAAUGCAGUACUUGCAGUGUUAGCAUUCUUACUGCUGCUAGGGGCUUUUAGAGGCCACUGUCUUGAAGCUGGAGUGCUAUAGCAGACUGUAGUCCCCAUGGUGACAAGAGGGGAAGUUUUCACUCAUCUUUCUUGGGAACAGAAUUAUUUAAGAGCUUCUAUGGCCUGACAUAUUAAAACUGCAACUGUGCGCCAGAACAGGGUCUGUAAACACCAGAAAUCUUGGAAUCACUAGGGUAAAAAAGGCUGAAAGCUUUACUCAUGGGAAAACUCAUGUAAGAGUAAGCUUACUCAGGACUGGAUAAGAGUUGCUUGCAUGCAUGUUCUCCCCUGUAGUCCAUGUGUACCUCCCAUGGAGGUGAUUGUCAGACUUGUCUCUCUUACCAGCUGAAUUGCAGUGGUUGUUGAUUAUGAUGGUGGUCUGUCAGAUCCAAGCCUAUUCCCUUGAUGUUUGAUCCUGAAGAAGUAUUUGCCAGACUACAUGGUAAUCAUCUCUCCUGUGUUGCCCACAGCAGGUGGUAUGAGCUAGAGCAUGCUCACUGGCUGAGGAAACACCUUGUUUCUGAUGCUGUGCAGUGUCUUUUGCUGUCUGUGACGGAGGGGGGAUGCUCAAUAGCAGUUAAUGCCCUAAGGAAGUUUUUGAUGGUAUCAUUUGAGGACCUUUAAUUGUAUGACUGUGAUUACUCCAGUUUGUUCAGAUAAUCUGUUGAUUACCCUAAGGUCUAGAUCAGUGUUUAUUCAAUGUUUCAAUAAACAGUUCAUGCUGUCUCUAA